CUUGAUCAGAGCCCUGGUGGGGACAAGCCCCAGUCUGUGGGAGGUCCCCCACAAGGUGCUGACAUGGAGUCUGUGGGAGGCCCUUGCAAUCCUCUCUCUUCCAAGGACACUGGGUCUGGGCCUGGAGAUCCAGGUGAAGUUUGGGUGGGAUGUGCCUCAGGGACUAAGAAGUUUGAAUAUUUGCCUACUGCAGGGGCUGGGGCCCAGCCAGGCAGCCCCUGUGACCCUGUCGGGUCCCCACUGCCCAGUGAAGGAGAGUCCCUUCGGCCACCUGCCCGGGAUCCUCCACUGAGCCCUGCACUGUGCCUGGGAGUGUCUGGAAAGGCUUCUACAGAGUGUCAAGAAGCCAAACACAUUGUGGGAGCUGGCGAUGAUCAUGGCCCUGCCACCUCGCACAACCAGGAAGAGCUGGAGGUCAAGGCUCAGCCAGGGUCGGGGGCGAGGCCAGAGCAGGAACUUGCUGCUUCCACUGACAACCCCACCAGCUCCCAGGAGCCUGCAGCCGGCAAGGCCAGCUCAGGCCCAUCCAUGGGGCAGAGAAGUUGCAGGCGUGCUAAAAAGUUGAGAAGGGGCCCAGUGCCCUAUGACCAGGACGAGAGCGCUGACAGAGGCUCAGACAACUCCAACCAGGACCAGCCAGAGGACCCCAGCCCAGGAGGCUGCCACAGACUGGAGGCAGUGAAAAUGCCCCAUGGGGUGAAGCAUGUGUGUUAUCAGGUUGGUUCUGGCGCGGUGAUCCGUCUCCUGGGGGCCAUCAGCCGUGGCCAGGCUAGGGGGCCGCUGCCUCCAAAGCUGGAGGUUCUGGAGGACAUGAUGGAGGUCAGCUCAGCCUCACCUGCCCAGAGGCCCAGAAAGAAGGAAACGCCAAUGGCCCAGGGCCUUGAGGGGUGCCAGGAUGGGGUCCCCUUUCAGGAGGCCGAUGCUGAGUGUCCUGGGCCACAGUGCGGCCUAGUGGAGGCUAAAGAGGAGGAGCGUGGUAAACAAGAUGAGGGAGAGGACUCAGCUCAACUUCAGCCCCAACAGGAGAAGCUGCCCCUGGAUAUUGAGGUACGGGGCACUGUGGUCCGCGCUAUGCAAGAGGUGCUGUGGAGUCGCCUUAGGGAGCUCCCAGACCUGGUGCUGAGUGAGGAGGCGGUGGAGGGCAUCGCUGCUGGCAUUGAAGCAGCCCUCUACGACCUGACACAAGCCACCAAUAGCCGCUACAAGACCAAGUACCGCAGCCUCCUGUUCAACCUCCGAGACCCCAGGAACUGGGACCUGUUUUUCAAAGUGGCUCACGGAGAUGUCACCCCUCACGACCUGGUGCGGAUGAACUCAGUCCAGCUGGCCCCCCAAGAGCUGGCCCGAUGGCGGGACCAGGAGGAGAAGAGGGGCCUGGAGAUAAUUGAGCAGCUACAGAAGGAGCCGUGCAGCCUCCCGGCCUCCAAACUGACCCACAAGGGGGAAGUCGAGAUCUUGCGGGACAUGGACCAGAUGCUGACCCUGGAGGAUCUGGUGGGACCCAUGGUGUCUACCGACCGCAGCGCACUGGCCCUGCCUGCCAUGGCGAAGGACACCGCGGAGCAGCACAAGGACACCACAGAGCAGCACCACUUCCUAGACCCCAGCUGCCACGUCUGCAUGGACUGGAAGCCCUCGUGUAAGAUGCCAGGCUCCUUCAAAGCCACUGGGAGGAUGGGGGACAAUGCCUUCCAGAGAGUCCCAAUCCUAGGCCCUAUGUCCUCUCCAGAGAUGCCCCAGACCAGGGAGAAGCCUCCCACGGAGCCCCAGGACAGGUGUGGGGCAGGGGCCAGGAAGAUGCCUGCUGGGCCUACAGAGGCCCUGCCCAGCCAUUUGCCCUGGGAAGGGUCUCUGGACAUGUUCUCCAUCAAGCAGUUCCGGGUCAAGGCCCAGCUGGUCUCGGGACACAGCUGUCAGCUCAUCCAGGCCCUGCCCCCAGUGAUCCGCUCUGCAGUCUGCAUCCCCCCCAACGCUGUCUGGGACUUUCUGGCCAGCAUCUGCCCAGCCCGGGCCAAGGAUGCCUGUGCGGUCAGACUGUGCCCACACGGUGCCCGGGACACCCAGAACUUCCACCUGCUCUACUCCUACCUCAACAACAAGCAGCGCCAUGGCCUGGCAGCUGUGGAACAGGUUGGGGUGGUCCUGCUGCCCCUGCCUGCCUUCCAGCCCCUGCCCACAAGGCUGCGACCUCUUGGAGGCCCAGGCCUGGAAGCCACUCACUCAAGCCUGUUGCUGGCCGUGCUGCUCCCCAAGGCAGGGCUUCCAGCCACAGUAGAGUCCAGCCCUUUGUGGGGGAAGGUUCACAAAAUGGUCUCCUUCAACAGAAAAGUGGAGAUGAGAUGCUCCCAGCCAGAAGACUCGGGGCCAGAUGUGGCCCUGAAAGGCUCCCCUCCCCCAAGGGAUCCCCUGAAGCAGAGCCGGGACAAAGGCAGCCUGGCUCCAAGGGGAACUUGUGCUUGGCAGAGGCCCCCCAGAGGCAGAGGGAGACUGUGGGGAGAGUCUGAGUCCUGGCAGGGUCCUGGGCAAGGGCAGUGGCCCCCCAAACCAGGGUGGUGGCAGUCCUGGCAUCCCUAUUCAGCAGCACUGGGCAGCCAUGGUCAGCACCUCCACAGGGCCUCCUGUCCCCAGCAAGCCCUCCUGCAGCAUCUUGAAUCCCUGGUAGCCAUGAGCCAUCAGCUCCAAGCCUCACUGAGGUCCCUGGGCCAGGAGCAACUUCCCCAACCCUCUGUCCCACCUCCUGCAUGCAGUCCCUGGGACCCUUGGCCUCCUUUGCCAGCCCCGGCAGCUCCAGAGCCCCCUGGCCCAGCCCCUGACUCCUCUUUGGAACCCCCAGUUGGAGAGACCUGACCUUCAUUGCCCACCAGCAGAGGGGCUUUAAUUCCCUCAGCAGUGCUGAACCCUAAGCUGUUCCAGGGAGAGCCA